GCUUAACGGCAGAUAAUAGGGCCAGUGUGGAGUGAAUUGAGUAAUGGCAGGAACAGACACGAGAUAGUCCACGAACCUUACGUUAUUCGUACAUUUAUCGGGUAACAGCAGCCGGACGGGCGUCUGUCCUCAUCGUCGUUCGCUGUGAGAGGCUGAUUCCGACCCCGUUUUUCUGUCAUCAUAGUAACUGUAUGCAGUGGAAUGGCUGAAGUGCCGCCUGGGCCUAACGCACUGCCUUCAUCCUCGAGCGAGAUCUCACCACUGUCCGUGGACGGGUGCACCUUACUGGGCCACGACGAUGAGGGACGGGACAUCAUCAGCCCCGGCGCAGGACACCAGCACGCCAGCGACUAUAAGGCGAUCGUCAAAUCCAACCAGAACAACGUGCAUCCUAAUGCAUCAGCUGCCCAGUUCCACACAGCCCAGCUGAACGGGGUCCAGUGCCACCACACUCACCUCCAGAACCACGUCCAACAACACCGGCCGUCCGACAAUCUGAACGCCGCUUCCGAUCACCACUUGGACGGGAUCGUUGCAACACAGGGCGAUCACACGGAAAACAACAAUUUCACGAGAAAUAAACGAUGUAGUGAUAAAUCUCAGAGCCAGUCGCCGUCGAACAACGGGAUAAACUGCACUGACAGUAUGGGGAUAACGGAGAGCAGCUCGUGUCGACUGGAGAACGAUGUAAGUAGCAGGACUGGUUCAGCGGAUCGAGCUCGAGCGGCAGCGGUAGCGCUGAUGGACGGGGCUGAGUCAGGCCCAGGCCCGCAGCGCGCUCGAGUAGAGCAGGCGGCCGCUGACAGCGCUCCGGUGGCGGGGAUGUCGAGACUAGCGCUGGAGGAGCACGACGACUCCAUCCGAUACGUGAGAUACGAGUCUGAGCUCCAGAUGCCUGAUAUCAUCCGACUCAUAACUAAAGACUUAUCUGAGCCCUACUCCAUAUACACCUAUAGGUACUUUAUUCACAACUGGCCUCAGCUCUGCUUUCUGGCGAUGGUUGAGAAGGACUGUGUCGGUGCCAUUGUGUGUAAGCUAGACAUGCAUAAGAAGAUGUUCCGUCGCGGAUACAUCGCCAUGCUCGCUGUGGACUCCAAAUUUCGCAGGAAAGGCAUCGGCACCAACCUUGUUAAAAAGGCCAUCUAUGCUAUGGUGGAGGGGGAUUGUGAUGAGGUGGUGCUAGAGACGGAAAUCACCAACAAAUCGGCCCUGAAACUCUAUGAGAACCUGGGCUUUGUCAGGGACAAGCGGCUGUUUAGAUAUUAUUUAAAUGGAGUGGAUGCACUUCGGCUCAAACUCUGGCUUCGCUAAAUCAAACUACGGGGUCCCUCAACUCUUUCUCCAUCCCUUUGGCCUCCUCUUCCUCCGCCACAGUCCUCUGGCUCAGAUCACCUGACUUCCCAUCAAUAGAAAGACACUCAACCUCUGCUGAGCCAUAAAGGGCAAACUCUGAGGGAAAAUCAUAAUAAAGUGUUUUAAGAACUUUUGUGUGAAAGAAAGAGAGAGAUUGUUGUGAAAAACAAAACACACAAAAAAAGUUGGGUACUGAUAUGACACUGACAAUGAAAAGGAAAGGCCGGUGGCUUCUAUGCUCAGGUGUCAAAUGCCUGACUUAUGACCUCUGUGUAUUUGUGUCGGGCAGUGGAGAUGAGCUGGGCCGAACAUGUUGACGGCAUCCACAAAAUGUAUCAUGCCGAAAGUAAACAAUGCGCCACACCUCUGUUGUUGUUGUUUUUUUAUGAACAAUCACAAACCGAAGGAUUGGAAGUGUGUUUAAACCGACUCAACUACUCAAAUACAUUUUUGGUUUCCCUUUUUCCCUUAAGAAGAGAGUGCAUGGGAGCAUUGCAGGUUGCAAUUGUGUUGUAGCCUGCUGCUUUGCCUUUUGUUUUUGUUCGUUUUUUUUCCAUACCGGGGUCUGUGGUUUAUUUUAUGUGUUUAAUUUUAUGUUUUGGAAAACCCUGAGCAGAGCUUUGUCUGCUUUAGAAGUUCGAUCUAUGAUAAACUAACAUACACAGAUUCAGAAACACUUUAACCUGAAUGCUGUAUAGCAGUACAGAUGGCACCUUUGCUCUUUUAAGUUGGUCUUAUUAGCUCAUAUUACGCCAUAUUGGUUUAUGUGACUUGUGAUUCUGACACAGAUAUCGUCAUCUCACCAUACAAGUUGUCUCGAUGCUGCUUCAUGAGUGUUUUGUACUACUAAAAUGGAAUUGAAAAUGAAUGAAUCUAAAUGGGCCUAAAAUGAGAGUAUUCGCAGUUAUUUGAAGACUUUUUAACCAGAGUCAUCGUCAUGGAUUCUACCUUUCCAUGUCUUAAACGAUGUUUGGGUAUUCAGAUAUGCUGACCUAGACAAAUGAACCUCAAACGGACGCACUUCUCAUUUUUGCACUGAUUAGAUGGGGUAUAAUUUCUGUGUAAGUGGACCAGUAGGGGACAGAAUUCAGAUCUCACCAGCUCAGAUGCUCCAAUGGACUCAUGCAAAUAAUUGCUUUAAAGUCAUGAAACAGACUGAUUUAUAUGCAAGAUGACAUCGUUUUGAGGUGUUUUAAAUGUAACGGAGGAAGUUUCUGGAGGUUAGCAUUUUUAUGGGUUUGUGUUUAACAGUAGUGUGCUGUGGCAGGUUGUACCAUCACUCAUGUUGAAAGUGUUUCUAUGUCAUUGCCAAUAGACCCCCAUUUUGCUUUGCUGCUGGCAAAUGAGUUGUUUUUGGAAGAAAUCCUUUUUGUCUUUUCAAGUUUGGAGUGGGAAACAAGUUUUUUGAUUUGCUAAAUGUACAUAUGGAAGUUUGAUUUGUCGUUUUUGAUUGUCAUUGGAAAAGUUCCCCAUAGAGAUGCUGCUCUCAGUUGUUGGGAAGAUUGAUGGGUUGUGUUAUAAAUUUGUGCUUAAAUAGACUGAUUUUGCUGAUUGAUUUAUGAGUCGAGAAAUCUUUUUUUGGGGUGGGGAUUCUGUUUAGUUAUUUUUUUUUAAAGCCCAAAUUGUAGUACAUCAACCAGAAAUGUGACAGUCCUAUCAAUCCCCUUUGAUGCAUCAGACCAUGUGCUAUCUGUCAGUAAGGCUCAGGUGUUUGGUUUCUGUUCAAUUCUCCUUUCACUUGCCAGGGACUCCUUUCAAGGUUCCAGUGGUUAUUAACUGCCACCUUGUCUUUGUAAGGACUUUAUUCCUUUUGAUUUGUGGACACUCGCUGUUAAGAUGGAAAUUUCAGAGCCUUGAGUAGUUUUCAUCUAAACCGACCAUCUAAGUCAGUCUUUCGAUUACAGAUAUAAAUUUAUUAUUUUAUGUUCUGCCGAAGGAAGAAAGUCAUAUACGUUUGGAACAACAUUAGGGUGAGUAAUUGAUGACAGUUUUCUUUUUUGGUGAAGUGUCCCGUUAAUAAAAUUCAGAACCUUUCACAAGCUGCCAACCUUGACAGACAAUAAUGCCUUUCUGGCUGGCGUUCAUCACCAUUCUAUGCUGCCCAUAUUUUUGUAUCGGAUGAAUACUUAUUGUUUAAAAUUGUGGUUGGCACAAUGAUGUUGAUUUGCACUGCCAAUAUCUGACUUUUGUGGAUUAUUUUUGUAAGCGGUCCAUCAAAUGUUAUGGCCAUUUAACAGCUUUAGACCGAUCAGCUGGCAGGUUCUAGCUGGACAAGAUCACAUAUUUAGAUGAUGUGGACACUAAUCUGACUGGCUUCUGUUUUGGGGAUUUAUUCAUUGAUUGGAUUAAUUUUGAAUCUGCACUUGUGGCUAAUUUUCAUCCCUGUAAACGGUGGAGUUUCUGUUGUAGUUAGUGUUACUCUUGUACUUUCAUCUAAUGAUUUGGAAAAGCAAGACAAUGCUCUACAAACAUGGAUCCAUUUUGUUGGGGAAAGAGCGACCGUUUGCAUGUUGAUUACAAUUUUCUCCACCCUUCUUUCUCCCACUUUCACCCCUGGCAAAAUGUCUUGCAAAAGUUUAUUUGUUUUCAAGUGGACAACAGACCUGGUUUAAAAAAAUUAUAAAUAAAUUAUUUGAUUUUUAAGCAAA